UUGAUUUUGCAGUAAACAUCUCGUUUGGUACUUUAUUUCCGUUUGUAAAUGGGGUUUAUAGCAUGUAAGGCAUACUAGUUUGUUUAUUAAGUAUCAACAAUUAGUGAAAACAAGAAAUAAUUGUUCACAAUGUGUAUUUUAUGUGCAAGAUACCAUAUAUCAUGGAGCGGCACAGGUUUUCCUUCCAGCUGCACCAAUGCGACAGUUUGAAGAGGAGAUUUUGUUUAAAGAGUAUGUAAAGAUGAUGACGGAUAUGAUCAUUUUGUGCUUCACUUUGGCAAUCUCUUUAUCAUUCUGGAUCGUUUCGCUUACUGCUAGUACGUAUUAUGGUACUUUACAUCCUGUCUCUCCAUGGCGCUGGCUAUUCUCAGUACUGGUUCCCCUCAUCCUUACCUCACAUAGUCUCAAAAGGAAAAGUCUUGACCGCAGUGGAGCGUUAGGAGCGAUUGUGGUCGGAUUCAUUCUUACUGUGGCUAACAUGAGCUUCUUUGCUUCCUUGCUGGCAUUCUUUGUAACAUCUUCCAGACUAACAAAAUGGAAGGGGGAGGUGAAGAAGCGUAUUGACGCAGAUUAUAAAGAAGGUGGGCAGAGGAAUUGGGUGCAGGUGUUCUGCAAUGGAGGCGUCCCUACAGAACUUGCUCUGCUCUACAUGAUUGAGACUGGCCCUGGGGAGAUUCCAGUGGACUUUGGGAAGCAGUACAGUGCAACAUGGAUGUGUUUGUCCCUCUUGGGUGCCUUGGCAUGCAGUGCUGGGGACACAUGGGCCUCUGAAAUAGGACCUGUCCUUAGUUUGAGUCCACCAAGAUUAAUAACGACUUGGAGGGAAGUCCCAGUGGGUACGAAUGGGGGGGUCACUCCAGUGGGUCUUCUUGCGAGUCUCCUGGGUGGAAUGGUGGUGGGCCUGGCUUACUUUGUCAGUCAGCUGCUCUUUGUGAAGGAUCUGAACCUCGCUGCUCCACAGUGGCCCAUUGUUGUGUAUGGUGCCAUGGCAGGAUUACUGGGAUCCUUGCUGGAUUCUUGCAUAGGUGCCACUAUGCAAUAUUCAGGUUAUGACAAAGGCAAGGUUGUGAACCACCAAACAAACUCUUCUCAACGGAUAUGUGGCAAACCUAUUCUGGACAACAAUGCCGUGAACCUGUUUUCUUCCAUACUGAUCGCGCUGAUACUGCCUGGAAUGGCCUGGGGGUUUUGGCCAGUGCAGUAGAUACUUUUGCAUUGGGGGGGGGAGCUGUGUCUGUUGCUUUUUCAUUCUGGCUUUGUCUUAUCUUUUUAAUUUUACAGUAUUAUGUUAUUUUCUUAAGAGGGAAAACUGCUGACCCAAUCCCCAAAGCACUGACUAAUGACUUUUUGUUGAACGUUUUGUUUUUUUAAAGUAUAUUGAUAAGUUAUUGCCAAAACCAACAACAGUCUAGAACAGCUUGAUCAAUAUCAUUUUCUUUCUUUUUUUUUUUUUUUUUGUCCGGUCAAGACAGUCAAAUAACAAAUGAGUUAUUUGUAACUCCAGGUCACUUAUUUCACAUAUUUAAGCCGUUCAAAUUUGAAAGUCAGCAGUUUCUCUUUUUCAAGGGAGUCUUCUUGUAUGAGUAAUUAAAUGCCAUGUCGCAUCAUGUUUUAACCUGCUAGGAACAGAAAAGCUCAGAGAACCUUGAAACUGUUUACAAUAAAGUAUGAAACUCAACCAUG